AUGUCUUAUUUAUUGUCAAAUUGUCAUUCUUCUGAUUACCAUUACAAUAAUGAGAUUUCUGACACGGCUUUGGCUACAACGAUUCCCCAUUCUACGUUUUUAUUUAUUCAACAGGUCAUUAACGGAUAUAUUUCUACGACAAUGCAUAAUAUGAUCAAUAAGACUAUCUUUCUUAAAUUGUAUAAACUUAUCACGCCACACGUAGAUAAGAAUUACAGAUAUUUUCCACCGACCGCCUUCGAAAUUUAUACGCGUGAUACAUUCGCAAGAUACACCGAUAAUCUUAAGGACCAUCAAAUAAAAGAUAAAUUAGUAGACUUAUCAGUUCAAAUUUGUCGCGAAUGGAAAUUAGCGUCGGAGGAAACAAAAGAAGUUUAUAGAGUAUUAGAAAAAUGUUCUCACAUAGUUUAUGAAUACAUGAUGAAAAUUUCUAGACAUGAUAAUCAUGAUUAUCUAGAAAAAAAUUCUCAACCCUCUACUUUUACAACUAACUUUACAACUAACACAAAUAAUCUUCGGCCUGUAUCUUUUAUCGAUACACAUAACAAGAGCCAUAACAAGGACCAUAACAAGAACCAUAACAAGAACCAUAACAAGAAUCUAAGAAGACAUAUACAAAUUUCAACAAAACAAAGCUUACUUUCAGAUCAUACAAAUCAUUCAAAUCAUGUGCGAUACCCAUCUCAUAGACAACUUAUUUCUCGUAAUUUUCCGUAUCCAGAAAAUUCGACCUCCUCAAACACUCGAAAAUUAAAUCUCUUUCUAGAUGAUACUAUGGAUUCUGAUACUAUGGAUUCUUCAACAUUUCAAUUUCCACUCUUUUAUGAAUCUUCAAAACAGCCGGUCAAACGCUUUUUAUCUACUAAUAGACCGUCUCAAUCCUCAAGGGUUCCUCAAAUUCGACGAGAGUCCUUAACGAGCACACCAAAUAUUUCUUCACACUUCGGUUUUACCCCAUUAAUGCAGGUUAGAGAAACAAACCCUGUUUGUCCUAUUCCAACGUUAGACAUGAGAACAAAUUUUUUGAACAAUGAAUACGAUCUAAAGUUAGUUAGAUCCAUUAAUGAAAAACUUGAAAUAGAUUUACAUUGUAAAGUUUCCUAUUCCUUGUAG